GUAUCUCUACCAGGCUGUAUGCUCCCCCCACCUCCGCCAGACUGAUGACCUGCUCAGCCUACAGCUGGGUCAAUUAACAAGCAGCUUCAACAGUUUAAAACCCAUCUGGAGCUCAGUUGAUACUCAUUCACCCAAGGAAACAAUGGAGAAACCUUUUGUCAUUAAAGAUAUGAAAAGCUUUGAGUGUUCAUCUCCAUCGGAGCUUGACAGGAAGUUUUUUGGGGAACAGAGUUUGCUGUCUGCUUUGUCAUUGGAACAACUGUCCACAUCAAGAGCGUCGAAUGAAACAGUGGCUGAUGGAUCUGACACCAAGCUGUCCAUCCUGGCUUCUCUCUGCCUGUCAUCGGACCCCAUUUCUCCCUCUCAGGCCUUUUCAAUGAACAGCUUAAAUGCUCAAGAGACUGACAACUGUCACCUGGCUGUGCCUUUACAGGGAAAGUCCUCCACUCCCCACAUGCUCCUUCAAAAGCAAAAAAAGGCUGCUUAUUUUGACCAGUCAUACAGUGAUCUCACUGCCUCUCAAAUGUCAUGGGAUGUGUCUUUGAUAAAACCAGAGAGCACCAGCCCCAGACCCUGCAUGGAGUCCUGCACUCUGGAGCAAACAUGGAGUCCAAAAUCCCAGCCUACACAACAUUCACUAGUGGAAGUUUCUCCCUGAAGUGGCCAAGGAUCCAUGUGUGAGGAUUCAUGUAGAGCUCCAUAUGCUGCUUUUUUUUUUUUUUUUUUUUUUUAAUAUUUCUGAAAGAUUUGACUAUUUAAAUAAAGUGUAACUUUUUAUGUGUAUUUUACCCCCCCCCAAAUAAAGUACAAUAGUAGAGUA